UCGUCUCUCCCCAACCUCAGGUCACCAUCCAAAAGCCACCAAAGUCCUUUAAUUAAGCCUUCUCUCUCCCUCCUUUUGCUACUAAUCCAUGGCCUCGCUGCUCUCCUGUACCCUCCUCUUCCAUACGCUUCUUCUCAUCAUCAGCAGUUCUGAAGCUAAAGACUUCUUGGUUGGAGGCAACACCGAAGCAUGGAAAAUCCCCUCGUCUAAAUCAGAUACCCUCAACCAGUGGGCUGAGGCAAACCGCUUCCAAGUCGGGGAUUCCCUUGUCUGGAAGUAUGACGGCCAGAAGGAUUCGGUGCUGGAGGUGACGAGGAAGGACUACCUGAGCUGCAACACAUCGAGCCCGAUCGCCGAGCACAAGGAUGGGAACACGGUGGUGAGGCUCCCACAGUCUGGGCCGUACUAUUUCAUCAGUGGAGCAGAGGGGGCCUGCGAGAAAGGGGAGAAGCUGAUCGUCGUCGUGAUGUCGGAGAGGCACCGCCAGUUUGGUGGGAUCUCCCCUGCACCUUCCCCUGUGGAGUACGAUGGUCCGGCGAUGGCUCCGAUGAGCGGCAGUCAGAAGUUGGCGGUGGGGAUUAAAGGGGGCUUGGUGUGUGCUCUGGCUCUCAUGGGUUUGGUGGGAAUGAUUCUUUGAGGGAUUGCUUGAUAUGAAUUUUGGUUAUUUUUGGGGAAGGGGAUUGGAUUUGUUUCAUUUUAUUUAUAUAGGUUUGAGGUUUCAUGUUCCUAUGAUACAUAGCCGAGACUGCUUGUGAUGUUUCUUCUAUUGAUGGUAUACAAUUUAUAUGUUGUCCUCA